AUCCAAUAUUCGUAUUCUGGGGAGGCUGGCUUGGCGAACCAAAGGUAACCCUUGUACACCCAAAUCCCUCCCACAGCACCGUCCCGGGGUCCGUCGCCGCCGAAACCCCUCCCCUCUUCCUCCUUCUCCAGCACCACCACCACCGCCACCAAAGCGCGCCUGCCAUCUCGAAGCGUGGCAACUAGUUUGUCUCGCGAUCUCCCUCCCCGACCCCUUGUCCUGCUGCUGGGCUGGCGUGGUCGGGACGCGACUCCGUUUGCUGGCAUCUGAACCCUUACUGGAUAGAAGUUAGUGAGGCCGGACAAUGGGUUUCGAUAAUGAAUGUAUUCUGAAUAUACAAACUCUUCCUGGUGAAUAUUUUUGCCCUGUUUGUCGGACACUCAUAUACCCCAACGAAGCUCUGCAAGCUCAGUGCACACAUCUCUACUGCAAACCUUGCUUGGCUUAUGUAGCAGCAACCACACAAGCCUGCCCUUAUGAUGGUUACUUAGUGACGGAAGCCGAUUCCAAGCCUCUGGUGGAUUCAAAUAAAUCACUUGCUGAGACAAUUGGUAAAGUUACAGUACAAUGCCUGUACAACAAGAGUGGUUGCCAAUGGCAAGGAAAUCUGUCUGAAUGCAACACACAUGGUACCGCUUGCGCCUAUGGGAACUCACCAGUUGUUUGUAACCGUUGUGGUACUCAGAUUGUACAUCGUCAAGUGCAAGAACAUGCUCAGCUUUGUCCUGGCGUGCAACCCCAAACACAACAGGCUGACGGUAGUCUUACACAGUCAUCAGCUGCAAUGACCCAGGCAGUCACCCAAGAUCCUUCUGCAAUUUCCUCUGUGGCGCCUGUAGCAGCUCCUACAGCUGGAGCUGUUACAGCUUCUGCACUGGUAACUGGUUCAGCUGGUGUGACCACAGCAAGCACGGUUGCUGUGGCCCCUUUCGCAGGGGCACCUACUUCUGCUACUCAAGGUCAAGCAGUUGCACCACAAAUUCAAACAGCUGAGCAGUACCAGCAGCAGCUCCAGUACCACCAGUACUACCAGCAGCAUUACCCUGGCUACAAUCCCUACACCCAGCAGUAUCAACAGUAUGGCCAAUACCAACAGUACACGCAACCUCAAACACAAGUGGCACCACAGAAUGUUGCUCAAGUUCCUGUACAACCUGCUCCAUAUGCUCAGCCUCAAUUCCUGCAGCCGUCACAGCCCCAACACAUGGUGCCAAACCAGUCCCAGAAUCCUCAACUCCAAGCACCAGCUGUUCAGCCACAGCCUCAGCAGAAUCCACCAUUGCAUUCAGCGCCUCAAAUUCCACAGAUGCAACCACAAGGUGAUGUACAACCUAUAGCCCAUACCCAAGUUGGUAAUCAGCCAUUUGCAAUGCCUGCAACUCAAGCAAUAGCCUCCCAGGUGCAGCCAUAUGUGCAACCUCAUCCUCCACAUCAUCAGCAGGCUGUUACCCAGCAACAACCGCAAAUGCAGUACCCACCUCAGCAGCAACAUCUUCAAUCUCAGGUGCAGCACCAGCAUCCACAAGUGCAGCAGCAAUCGUACCCACAACCUCAUGUCUAUCAUCAGCCUCAUCCAGUUGCACAAUCUCAGAACCCUUCAGUACAUGGGGUAGCAGGUCAUCAAUCAUAUUCGCAGCCUCAGCCAGCACAUCAGAUGCCACAUGGUGCUGCAAUCCAGCACCCUGUACAUGCAUCUCACCAACAGUUAGUUGGUCCUCAGCAUCCUGCACUUGUACACCCUCCUCAGGGUCAAUUUCCGUUGCAAGGUCAACAGCCAUCCAUGCUGGCUCCUCAAGGUAGUCAGCAUACCCCACAACAUCAGCAACAUGGGCAUCAGGCUCAGCGGCCACCAAUGCAUCCCAGCAUCCCUUCGCAGGCACCACCACAAGGAUUUCCUCUUAGCACACCCGUUCCUCCACAAACAGGUCAAUCAUACCAGCAAGGAAUGCACUCAAAACAACAACAGAUACAUCCUCAACCUUUCCAGCCCCAUGGUCCACAAUAUAUGCAGCAGCAGCAGCAUGUUCCAACCUCGACUAGCAGGUCUACGAGUUAUGUUGCAACACCGCAUCAGUUCCAAGAAUCAGGAAAGUCAGAAAGUGCAGCUAAUGCUACUGGCAAUGCUGAAGUAGGUGAUAAUACAAAUGGAGGCGGUGAAUAUUCUGGCAUAAAGCCAGAAUUGCUGGGUGAUAAAAAUGUGAAUGGGGAGCAGAAUGAUUUUAGUAAUAUCAGAAAAAAUGCGGUACAAACUGGCAUUGCAUUGGGUGUUGCAGAUGGUUUAGACAAAGGCAAAGGAAAGGAUGAGUCUGGUGUCCAGGAAAGUAAUUCACAGUCUGAAGCUUCAAAUAUAUCCAAUGAUCUUGAGAAAGGAGGAUCAUUGCAGCAGGCAUCACAGAAAGGCCAGGGAGCGCUGGGUUCCUAUGUGCCCCCAGGCAUGGGCCGACAGUGUCCAUCCGGACCUGAUACCAUGCUUCCUCAGCAUAUGCUCCAUCCUGGUCCUGUGCCAUGUACGCAAGCCCAGACGAAUCAAAUGAGGCCACCUAGUCAUAGUUUUCCUGAAAAUGUCCGGCCUACAGUGCAGCAACAACUAUAUGGUGUAUAUCAAUCUGAAAUGGCACCAAGGGCGCUUGCACCAAACCUUCCGCGGCCUGCACCCACCAGACCUGAUGAUGGCAUGAUUCGACCGUCCAUGGCUGGACCCUUGCCUGGACUUCAUGACACAACUAUGCCUCCUUUUGCUCCAGAAAAUGUUGGCCGACCACAUCCUGUUGGAAUGAGAAAUGGUGUUGGCGGAGAGCAGCUAGGAAAUUCCAGGGCUUUCCACGAAGAAGGGUUCAAUUCUUCACAGGAACAUUUCAGGUCGUUGGCGCCACCAUAUCCUGGCAGAUACAAUGUCAACCCUAAAGAUAUUGAAGAGAAUAUGAAGCAAUUUCCAGGGCCAACUCAUCUUGAUGAUGACAGUUUUCAGAGAGGCCCAAGGCCUUUUGAUGGUUUCGAUUCAUUACCUGGAAGGCCUCCAUUCCCAAACAAGCCAGGCCCAUAUCCUAUAGGCUUCCCUGAAGAUUUAUCAAGGAAGCCCCAUUCAAUUGUUGGCCAUCCUGACUUUGUGUCACCUGGUGCAGAAUUUGGCCAUCACAGGGUUGAUGGAAUGCCUAGAAACCCAGGUUCAUUUGUUCAAGGGAUGACAGCUGGUCCUGGAGGUCUUCGUAAGGACCAGCUAGGCCCUGGCAACCUUCCAGGGAGUAGACAGCAUGAUUUUGACAAUCCAGGGUUCCCUCAUACACAUUUCCACCCUGCUGAUAUUUUUCUUCCAAGAAAUCUUCAUGGUUCUGAACCCCUUGGGCAUGGUCAAUUGCAUGGAAUUGAACCUUCUGGCCACCGGUUCCAAGGACACAUACAUCCAGAUGAUCCAAAUUUUGAUGACUAUUCUCGACAUGGUUUUCCACAAGAAUCUGGCCGCUUCAGUUCGGGUGGUUUCUUCAGUAGUGGAGAUGUUGGUUGGUGCCGGAUAUGCAUGUUUAACUGUGGGAGUGCAGAGGACCUUGGUUUACAUGUGCAUACAAGAGAACAUCAGCAGCAUGCAAUGGACAUUGUUCUGAAAAUGAAGCAUGAUGUUGCGAAGCGACAGAAAAUGAAUCCUGGAGGCCCCAAGUCAUUAAACAAAAAAGUAGCCAUGAAGAGCAACUUCCAUGGAAAUAGGCGUUAGACCUCCUGUUACAUAGUUCAGCAUUCGAUGAGAUUUCAAGAAAGUGACAAGUUUAAGAAAUUCCAUGCGAGGGCUUCAUGUUCAUACAAUCAUACUUGCAUGCUUUCCUGAAGGCGGUAAGGAUAGAUAUGUAUUGAAUUUUUUCUUACGAAGUGCUUUAAAUUUUUCAUAGAUUUGUGGCCUAAAUAUAUAAAUUGAUUAUACUUGUCUCUGUUUUCUUAAUUUCUUAAACAAAUGCUAUUUGAUGUGUGCUGUGCUUUUAGAUCUUUGUAGUUGUAGGACAUGGCAUGAUAUUGCAUGAAAAUUGCACCUUAGUGUACUUAUAAAACUUGGCUUGGACUAGCUGAUCGCAUAGACACAAAAGUUUGUUAUAGAGAUUACCAUUAUGAGUUUAGUGCUUGUUUUGGCAAACAUCUGAAAUCACUUGUGUGUUCUAUGGGGUUGUUACCUAUUAGUAUUCAACAAGUCCUACUUAUGUGGUACGUUUUGUCUAGAAAAUUAUUUUUAUAAAAGUUAAGAUGGGUCCUAAGAAAGCACAUCAAGCCACUAUUGUGGUUGUGCAUCAUAUGGCUAGCCACAAAAUUCAAACAUGCUUAAGUGGGGCAAAAUUCCACAACAAUUCCAAUAGCCUCAGCUCUCAAACCAAGUUGUUGUAAAGUACACUUGAACUUUGUUUGACUUGCACUUGCAUCUGCAUGUGAGUUUGAUGACAAUUUAUUUAAAUAGGUUAUUUAUGUGCAACUCUUUGUUGCCUUACUUUUUCCCACUAUUUAGUAUCAUAACAUAAAAUUAUGGUGAUCAACUACAAACUUUAAUGUUUGAUGCAACAGUUUUCUGUUUAUUUUGUAAUAUUUGUGUCCCAUAUUAAAAAAUAUAUCUAAUGACAUGCAUUUUCCUCCGUUUGGAAAUGAUCCAACAUUUGUGAAUGGGUUUAAAAUAUGUCUCUUUUGUUGCGUAUGAAAUUGGAAAACCUUAAACUUGCGAAUAAAAGUCUAGUUGGAAACCCUCUUCUACUGGACUUUUAUUCGCAUUUGUCAUAAGGCUACAAUACAUUUACAAUGCCCUGUAUGUAACAAAUAAGCAAACCACAUAAAUAGUGGACGACCACAUAAUGUUUGUGGUAGAUCUGCAAAUUAUAAUUACAGAUUAUCUCAAAACUUAGGCAACUAAGGAACAUGCUUUGCUUUUAGUGUCUUAGUGGUAUGUGUUGUGACCAUUUUCCUAGAUUUAACAUAUCUUAUGCUACAGUUUGGAAGUAUUGUAGCGCCCUAUUGGGAGUUCAUAGUGAAUGCGCUGAAAGCCUGAAAAAUGUGUUAGUGUUGGUAAAUGCAAUGCUCUCGAGUAUCACCGUCCCGUCCCUGGCCCUGUUUUAUCAUCUGAUGUACUUUACGUACAAAUUUGUUUAUGUAGCACUAUUAUGACCACUAGUUCUCUUUCCUUCUCGGUAUCUUUGUUGUAUUGCUAAAAAUUUGGCUAUGAGCUCCUUUUGAGUUAUUUGUAAGACUUUGUAGCGAUUAUUGCGUUGUGGAGUGUAAGAGCAUCUCCAAUAGAGUUAGCUGAAUUUGGUUACCAAAAAAGUUCUAGAUGGAGAGAAUUAAUGGAAAAUACUUUUUAUUCUCUU